AAAGAGUCCCGGAAAGACAACCUUCAGGUCCAGCCCUGGAGCUGCAGGAGUGGAGCCCCACUCUGAAGACGCAGCCUUUCUCCAGGUUCUGUCUCUCCCAUUCUGAUUCUUGACACCAGAUGCAGGAUGGUGUCCUCUCCCUGCACGCCGGCAAGCUCACGGACUUGCUCCCGUAUCCUGGGACUGAGCCUUGGGACUGCAGCCCUGUUUGCUGCUGGGGCCAACGUGGCACUCCUCCUUCCUAACUGGGAUGUCACCUACCUGUUGAGGGGCCUCCUUGGCAGGCAUGCCAUGCUGGGAACUGGGCUCUGGGGAGGAGGCCUCAUGGUGCUUACUGCUCUGUUGUCAGGUGGCCUGGCUUUACUUGGAGCCCUGAUUUGCUUUGUCACUUCUGGAGUUGCUCUGAAAGAUGGUCCUUUUUGCAUGUUUGAUGUUUCGUCCUUCAAUCAGACACAAGCUUGGAAAUAUGGUUACCCAUUCAAAGACCUGCAUAGUAGGAAUUAUCUGUAUGACCGUUCGCUCUGGAACUCCGUCUGCCUGGAGCCCUCUGCAGCUGUUGUCUGGCACGUGUCCCUCUUCUCCACCCUUCUGUGCAUCAGCCUGCUCCAGCUUCUCCUGGUGGUCGUUCAUGUCAUCAACAGCCUCCUGGGCCUUUUCUGCAGCCUCUGCGAGAAGUGA